CUAUAGGUAGGUACAUCACAAGGUAUACGUAGCUUGAAAUUUUUGGUUGCCAUGACACCUAUUCACAAAACAAUACAUCAGCAAAAGACAAAAAGUUAUAGUACUUAUUAGUUUCGGACCAACCCUCUAACAUAUGCAAAAAUGGAUUAUUUACAAAUAUCAGACGGUCAAUACACUAAAACAAUAUAUACAAUGAUAAAGGAAUCGAGAUUCGAAGAUGCAAUAAAAGCUCUCAACGACGCCAUCAAUUUUAACCCGAAUAGAGUUGGGUUAUCCUUGCUUGGAUACUGCUACUUUCGAACACAAUCUUUCGUAGAAGCAGCAAACUGCUAUGAACAGUUGUCUGCAAUGCACCCCGAUGUACCAGAAUACAAACUUUAUUUCGCACAAGCCUUAUAUGAAGCUUCAAUGUUUGAAGAGUCUUAUAAAGUCACUAUGCAAGUAACUGCACCAGAGCUAGAAAGGAAAGUAAUAAAACUACAAUCGGCUAUCAAAUACGGAGAAGAAGAUACUAUAUCGGCCAAAAGUUUCGUUGACUCAUAUCCUUUAGAUGAUCCUGACAAAGACAUAAAUCUGGGAUGUUUACUGUAUAAAGAAAAUCAAUACGAGGAAGCGCUGCAAAAGUUUUCUAGAAGUUUAAAUAUUUUAGGCUUCAAUUCCCAUCUCCACUACAAUGUAGCGCUCUGCUAUUUCAGAUUAAAAGAAUAUCCACAAGCAUUGAAGCAUAUUACUCUCGUUAUCGAAAGAGGUAUUCGAGACCAUCCAGAGUUAGCUGUGGGCAUGCAAUCUGAGAUUUCUGAAGUAAAAUCAGUUGGAAAUACAUUGACACUUCAUGAAACAGCGCUAACUGAAGUGUUUAAUCUUAAAGCUGCUAUUGAAUACCAAUUGAAAAACAUUGAAUCUGCAAGAGAAGCUUUGUCUGAUAUGCCUCCUCGCCAUGAGCAUGAGUUGGAUGCAGUAACAUUGCAUAAUUUAGCUCUUACAUCGAUUGAUAUGAAACCAACCGACGGAUUUGAAAAACUACAUUUUUUACUUCAACAAGAUCCUUUCCCACCUGAAACAUUUGCCAAUUUAUUGCUUCUAUACUGCAAAUUUGAAUAUUACGAUCUCGCUGCAGAUAUUUUAGCAGAAAAUGCGCAGUUUACAUAUAAAUAUUUAACACCAUAUCUUUACGAUUUUCUCGAUGCAAUAAUAACAAGCCAAACGUCCCCUGAAGAAGCGUUUCAGAAAUACGAAGAUAUUGCUUCAAAGCAUGCAGAACAGUUAAGAAAACUUACAAAAGUCGUACAAGAAAGUCGUUCACAAGGUGACAACGACCAAGUUAAAAAGGCUGUUGUUGAAUAUGAAGAGGCUCUGGAAAGAUAUAUUCCUGUUGUAAUGGCACAAGCGAAAAUAUAUUGGGACAAAGAAAAUUAUGGACAAGUUGAGAAAAUAUUUCGUAAAUCAGUCGAAUUCUGCAAUGAGUCUGAUGUUUGGCGCUUGAACGUAGCCCAUGUAUUAUUUAUGCAAGAAAACAAGUAUAAAGAAGCAGCUAGUUUUUAUGAACCAAUCGUCAAAAAACAGUACGACAACAUUUUAGAUAUAAGCGCUGUUGUUUUAGCUAAUCUCUGCGUGUCGUACAUAAUGACUUCUCAAAAUGAAGAAGCCGAGGAUAUCAUGCGAAAGAUAGAAAAGGAAGAAGAACAGCAGAUAUUCGAAGAUCCACAGAAGAAGUUCUACCAUUUAUGUAUUGUCAAUCUGGUCAUCGGCACUUUGUAUUGUGCUAAGGGGAAUUACGAGUUUGGAAUAUCGCGAGUGAUAAAAUCUUUGGAGCCUUUUAAUAAGCGUCUCGGCACUGACACUUGGUUUUAUGCAAAGAGGUGUUUCCUAUCGUUCCUGGAAAAUCUGGCGAAGCAUUUAAUUGUUGUCAAGGAUAACACAAUAAAGGAGUGCUUACAGUUUCUUGAAGGAUGUGAGACGUAUGGAAAACGGGUGUCCACAGUGAUAGAAACUCCAUUUCAAGAAGAAGACGCGAACAAUAAAGCAAAACAAACAGUGACCUACGAAGCUAGACUUUUACGUUACAUGUUUUUUAAGCUUCGAAGCAUUGACGAUUCUGUAACUGUUAAUAAGUAUGAAGAUUUAAAAUAAUUCACGCACUCACCUGG